CAAUGGCGGCAAGCAUGGCUGGAGAAAGUCAGGAGAAACUCUCACUAAACUGUGGAUUUUCUGAUAUUUCCCCUAUAUAUCAGUGUGGUUUGAUGAGAAAAUAUCCAAGUGAUGUGUGUGUUGUGUUGCUGCAGCAGUGCAAAAAGAACAUUCAAGCUCAUCUGAAGCGUCAAGAUGUACCUUUGCUACAUGCUGGUGUUCAGACAGAAUGUGAGCUGAUUGCCACUCGUUGUGGUUAUUUUGACUUGUCCGAUCCGGAACUAAAGAUGAAAACCAUAUGCCCUAUACAUCGAUACAGAUUGGGCCUGAGCUGGGAGUCACCAAGGAAAUACCAGCAUCCCCUACAUCCGACAAGUUCCAAACGCAAGACUUUCCGUGGCAUUUCUGCUACCACCAGUAAGCAGGUCCAGGAAAGAUGGAAUGUUUUCAUGCCAAUUGGCACUGGUAUUUGUAGAGGCUGUAGUAAUGGUCACAGAGAAGCUAUAACACUGAAGCAGCACUCAAGUGGAAUAGAUUUAUCACAGCCACAGCCUGGCCCUUCCACAUUCCAUGCUCCUCCACAGCCAGACAGUGAUGCAUCGGAGACUGAUUUGGAUGUUCAGUCUGGUGGGCCUUCAACGCCAGAGAGUACUGGACAGGCAGAGAGUGAUACAUCUGGGACUGACUCUGAUGUUCAGCCUUCUGCUUCUCGUACUGGUACUACAUGUGGUGAAGGAUUUGUGGAGGUGUCGAGUGCUGGUCACAAAAUUCACUCGGAUGUACAGACCGUUGAAGAGUUAUCUUCAGAUUCAGACAUCAUCAAAACAAUGAUGUCUCCGCCCCAGCCAUCGAGUAGUGGGAGCUCUCCUAGUCCACCCUAUGCUAUGGAGGUUGAUGCAUCAUGGGCACCAACGCCUGCCCCUCGACAAGUGAAACUCGGUGGACUCAACACCUUUCUCCAGUACGGAGGUUAUGAACCUGUUGAAGGCCGUUUGCUAAAACCUAUCGAAGAGUGUGGAGGUAGCACCGUCAGACUAUACACACAGAAGGCACGUGAAGCAAUCAAUUUGUCGUUAAACUGCCUUGCACCUGGUCAAGAGGAGGCACUACUGGAAAGAGUCCUGCAGAAAGAGAAGAAAGGGGUGUCUCCAGAAUCUGAGUUGGCUGCUAUUGUCAAGUGUUAUGAAGAUUCCAAGUCAUGGUACACGAAGAGGCAAUUGCUUUCAAUCAUUGCUGAAGGCAGGACUAAAGAACAACUCCAGGCUAUGAUACCAGGACUAACGGUUUACAGAAUAGAUCAGGCAAGAAAGCAUGCAAAGGACAUUGGCAGUGGUCAACCAGUUUCUGUUGGGCCAAUCGAGAAGUCACGUCUUGAUGAUGUUAAGGUCGAUCACUUCCUGGACUUCGUCAGUCAACCAGAAUUCCUUCAAGACGUAGCGUAUGGAACGAAAACCAUCAAAUUGAGCCAUGGGGAAAAACUAGAAAUUCCUAACGUUGUUCGUUCCGUCAUUUCAUCGAGGAUCAUAGAUCUCUAUCUGGGCUACUGUGAGGAAACUGGGUUCUCUUCGCUGAAGAGAAGUUCACUGUUCAGCAUCAUACAGGUAUGUGCGGCCUCCCAAAAAAAGUCUCUUGCCGGCCUAGAUAAUGUGGUUUCUGAGGGUACAGAUGCAUUCGAGACAUUGCAUGAAACGAUCAAUACACUAGGAGAGUGUGGGCACUCCAGUUCCUGGAUUGAAGACAAGAAACGCAGACUGGAUAAAGCCAAGCUGUACUUGAAGUCUGAUUACAAAAUGAAUGUCCAUACAAGCAGCCGAUGUGGAGACCACUGUAUUCCCUUUGCCCUUGGUGGUCAGAGCCAGUGUGACCAUGUUCAUGACCUCUGCUGUGACCAGUGUGAAGACAUGAAGUCUGUUUUGGAAGAAAUUCAGCUAGCUGCAUCUUCAGGAAUUGUGAAGUACAAGUAUCCUCAACAACAGGAGCAAGUUCAGUAUGACAUUGAAGUUGCUAAGGAACAGGUCAUGAAUUUGAAGAGCCAUCUUCUCCGCCAAAUAUGCCAGGAGCAAGCCAAAACGGAUGUACUGGACAAAAUGACGCCAUCACAAGCCCUUUUGACCAUGGAUUGGGCUAUGAAGUUUCUGCCCAGUCGAUUCAGAGAGGCACAGCAAGAUUGGUAUGGGAAAAAAGGAAUCUCUUGGCACGUGUCUGCAGUAAUAACUAAGACAACUGAUGAAAAGUUUGAAAUUCACUGCUUCGUGCACCUUGUGCAGCAGUGCACCCAGAAUUGGUUUGCUGUUUUGUCGGUUCUCGAGGCCACAAUGGAAGAAAUGAAGAUCCGCUUUCCUGACGUCAACGAGUUCUUCUUGCGGUCUGAUAACGCGGGAUGUUAUCAUUGUGCACCCUUGAUACUAUCCAUCCCUGCUCUUUCAUCUCGCUUGGGAAUCAGGAUUCGGCAGUAUGAUUUCUCCGAAGCCCAAGCUGGGAAAGACAUUUGUGAUCGCAAAAUUGCCCCGAUGAAGGCUCAUAUCAAUCGUUUCGUUAAUGAAGGCCACAAUGUGACGAAUGCAGUUGAAAUGCAUGCCGCUUUAAGUUCAUAUGGGGGUGUUCGAGGGUGUCAUGUUGCUGCACUCGAAGUAAAUGAGGAGGCAAUGACUGACCGAAUUGUGUGGCCUGGUGUCACAAAGUUCACGAAUUUUGUCUUUGGUGACUCAGGACUUGAAGUGACUCAGGGGUAUAGAGUAGGAACUUCAAAGUUCUAUUCCUACGAUGAACUGUUGAAAAAGGCCAUUGAACCACAAGGGGCAACAGACUUUGUCAUUGUUUUGCCGUAUUCGUCUCCACGUGUUGUGACUGGUACUCUACGGCAGAUUUCAUCGGUUGUGACCUGCACGGAAGUCACAUGCAGGAAGACCUUCUCUACACAGGAAGCUCUCUUUGAGCACAUCGCUCUUGGGAGGCACACUCCACAGGCAGGUUCUGACAAAACAUUGGACACCAUCACCAGAAAAUGGGCAACCAAAGUGUCUGAUAUUGCCAUACAUGUACAGAGCACAAGAUCACACCAGCAAGCUGCAGAUGAACAGGAAAUGUCCUUGGCCACAGACGCUGUCACUCCAGGAUGGGCUUUGAAGUCAAAAAAGCAGAGCAAGCGUUUUGCUCUCCCAGUAAAGGACUUUCUGUUCGAGGAGUUCAUGCGUGGGGUGGACACAGGCAGGAAGGAAAAUCCAAGCCUUGUAGCCAAAAAAAUUAAGCUACGAUUCCAAAAGGAGGACUGGCUCACAAUGCAGCAAGUGAGCAGCUAUUUUUCCCGCCUUGCUGCUCAGCAAAAGUGUGGGUCUCUGAAGAAGGGAACAGCUGACAUCCACACUGAUGAAGCUCACGAAUUGGCAGAUACCAUGAUCACACGUUCUAGGCAACGCGCUGAGAUUAUUCUUCAAGUCGAUUUGUAAAGUUUGAACUCAGUUAUCCACCAUCGUGCGUGUAUCCAUCAUUCUACAACGAUAUCAUGCUGCUCGGCUGUCAGGAUGUUUGUUACAACAUUAUUCCUUGUCUCUAAGCAUUCCCUUUCUUUACCACAUGUCUGUAUUGUAUUACUCCAGUUUCUUGUCAAUAACACACCUUCUAGAUAUUCAAGCUUGCAUUCUAGUACCGCUGACUAUUCUUCUUCUUGGCGUUUGAUGACAGCUUCAAAUUCUUUGGUCGGUCAUGGUUUUCACUUUGCUGUCCGUGGUAAGACUACUUUAUGUAACACCACCUGAUAUGAUUAUCGAUGCAUGCCACUGCUGGCACUUUUGAUGGACCUGGUUUUAUGAUUUGUGAACAUGUAUAUUUUCAGAGAUCUACUAAAGUAUCAGCAAGCUCGCCUUAUCCCUUUUUGAUUAUAUGUCAGCGUAAAUAUGAGAAAUCAACCAUUUUUGAA